GGUCCAAUCACAGCGGACCUUGUUGGUAGGUCGUUUAUUGACAAGGGGAGAAGGUGACUUCUCGCCAACCUUAGAAGUGUCUCGUACAAAGCUCAACGUAUGACCCACCAAAAGUGGGGCUUUGCUAAAUAAGCGACCAUGUCUUCUUUCGGAAGUGUGUUGGGAGUCUUUCGGGCUGGAAGGCAGCUAAUUAGCCGCGGUGUCCGGGUAAUACGGAGCAGAAAUGACGUACCACACAUUGCGGCCCGGUACAGGCAAAUGCCGGAAAUUACCGAUAAUCAGGUGUUCCAGGCGGAGUUCAUCAUGGGUGCUAUGUGGUUUUGGAUCCUAUGGCACUUCUGGCAUGAUCCAAGUGCAGUGACGGGUCACUUCCCCUGGCCGGAUGCCUCUAAAUGGACAGAUGCGGAGCUUGGUAUCCCACCAGAUGAUGAAGAAUAAGAUAACCAUGAUGGACUCAAGCUGCAGUGUCUUUGUGAAAAUCCUGAGCAUUCUGAAAGUCAUUGUUGUACAUAGACCAAUAAAAAAAUCUUUAACUUAAA